UUGUUUAUACUUGUAAAUUUAUUUCCAUGUGCCGAUUGCUGAACUUUAACUUAAUGGUUUAAAGCUUUCAUCUCUUUCUCUAUAUAUUUAUAUGUACAUUCUGUGAAACACGUUUGCAAUUUAAUAUGAAAUUCUCCUUUAGAUUCUCAAAUUUAGUUGGUACUGUUUACCACAAGGGUAACUUGCUUUUUACUCCAGAUGGAGAUAUUUUAAUAAGUCCAGUUGGAAACAGAAUUAAUCUUUAUGAUUUGAGAAAGAAUAAAUCUGAAACAUUACCUAUAGAAAGUAGAUAUAACUUUACUACACUGGCAUUGUCACCAAAUGGAAUGCUACUCGUUGCUGUAAAUGAACCUGGUGAAGCUUUACUCAUCAGUAUUCCCCACAGAACAAUUAUUCAUCGUUUUCAUUUCAAAAGACCUAUAUCAGAUGUAAAAUUCAGUCCUGAUGGAAGGUAUAUAGCAGUGACAAAAGAAAAUAACUUGUUCAUUUAUCAAGCUCCUAGAUGUAAUUCUAAACAGUAUAAUCCCUUUGCAUUAGUGAAAGUUUUUCAUUUUUCAUAUGACAGAACAUUGUGCAUUGAUUGGACUUCAGAUUCAAGAGUCCUAGCUGUUGGAGGUGCUGAUAUGUCAACAAAAAUUUAUGCACUUGCUCGCUUUGAAAAUCUUUUUGCCUAUACUUUGGGAAGUCAUACUGAUGCUGUAGUUGGUUGUUUCUUUGAAGAAAAUUCUCUAAAUAUGUAUACUGUUAGUAAAAAUGGGCAAGUCUGUGCAUGGGAGUGUAGUAUAGAAUUAAAAGAUCUAAUACCAGAAAAAGAGGAUAUGACAGAAUUAGAUAAAAAUGGUGACAAUGAAGAUGAUAUUCUGCCUGAAGAAAAAGAAAAAUUGGCGGAAGAGAAGAAAACAGAUGAAAAAUUUUUUUAUAAAAGAAUUGGCAGAUACUUCUUAAAAGAUGCUCUAAACAGCAAAGAAGGCUACACUGCUCUUACAGCUGCUGCAUUUCAUAAGAAAUCUCAUAUUUUAGUUACUGGAUUCUCCAAUGGCUCAUUUCUGCUUUAUGAAAUGCCAAAUUGCAAUCUAAUACACUCACUGUCAUUAUCUAAUCAAAAGAUAGGAAGCAUAUCUUUCAAUAGUACAGGCGACUGGAUUGCCUUAGGAAGUGAAGGUAUUGGUCAGUUGGUUGUUUGGGAAUGGCAAAGUGAGUCAUUUGUAAUGAAACAGCAAGGACAUUUUAAUAACAUGAAUUGUCUUGCUUAUUCACCUGAUGGGAUGUAUAUUGCAUCUGGUGGUGAGGAUGGAAAGGUUAAAAUUUGGGACACAUAUUCUGGUUUUUGCUUUGUUACAUUCACUGAACAUGCUAGUGCAAUAACAGGUGUUGAAUUCUGUCAAAAUGGCAAAGCUGUAGUUUCAUGUUCAGUAGAUGGAACAGUAAGGGCUUUUGAUUUAAUAAGAUAUCGUAAUUUUAAAACAUAUACAACACCUGAACCUACUCAGUUAUCAUGUCUUGCUGUGGAUCGUAGUAGUGAGAUAAUAUGUGCUGGGUCGCAAGAAAGUUUCGAAAUCUAUAUAUGGUAUUUAAAGACAGCUAACUUAUUGUCUGUUUUAUCAGGUCAUGAAGCUCCCAUCAGUGAAAUAAGUAUCAGUCCUAUUGACCUUUGUUUAGCAAGUGCAUCUUGGGACAAAACAGUUCGUUUAUGGAAUAUUGCUGGGAGUAAAAGUAUUCGAGAGACGAUUACAUUGACAUCAGAUAGCUUAUCAGUUGCAUACCGACCAGAUGGAGUAGAACUAGCUAUAGCUACAUUAGAUGGACAAAUUUUAUUUUUCCAACCUUCAACAUUGGAACAAACUGGAAGUAUUGAAGGUCGUAAUGAUUUAUAUGUUGGACGUCGGGAAACUGAUAUGAUUACUGCAAAGAGUCUUUUAAAAUCUCAAGCUUUUACUACUCUUUGUUAUACUGCUGAUGGAGAAUGCAUUUUGGCAGCCGGGAGAUCUAAAUUUGUCUGUAUUUAUAAUGUCCCAGCCAAGAUACUUUUGAAAAAGUUUGAAAUAACUUGCAAUUUAUCCUUUGAUGCUAUACAAGAUUUUAUCAACAGAAGAAAAAUGACACAUUUUGGAAAUAAAGCUUUGAUUGAAGAAAGAAUGGAUGAAGAAUCUAUCACAAUUCCUGUGCCUGGUAGUAAAAAAGUUGAUAAAAGCUCUAGAUCAUUUAAACCAGAAGUAUCAGUCACAUGUAUUCGAUUUUCACCUACAGGAAGGGCCUGGGCUGCAACUACCACAGAAGGCCUUCUUGUUUACUCUCUGGACAACAAUCUUGUAUUUGAUCCAUUUGAUUUAGAUAUUGACAUUACCUCAGAUAGUGUGCGGAAUACUUUAAAGAGUGGCGAUUUGUCUAAAGCAAUUUUAAUGGCUCUUCGAUUAAAUUUAUCUGCAAUAACUCAAGAAGUAUUGGAAUCCGUGAAAGUUGAAAAUAUUGAAACUUUAACUUCCUAUUUGCCUGAACUGUAUGCCGAAAAAUUAUUCAGAUUUGUUGUUGAUCAACUUGAGACAACUCCUCACCUUGAAUUUUAUACCACUUGGGUACAGCAUCUUUUAACAGCUCAUGGGAUUAAUAUAAAAAAUCGCUCCCGAGCCAACAUGGGUACUUUGUUAACAAUGCAGAAAUGCUUGUCUCGACGGUUAGAAGAAAUUGGAAAAAUGUGCGAAAAUUCAAAAUUUUUGCUAGAAUAUUCAUUAGCUUUAUGUAAUAUGAAAAAACGCAAGAUUGAUUCUACUGAAGAACAACUAAUGUCAGAAGAUGAAAGGGUAUUAAUAUCUAAAGAUGAUGCAAUGGAUAUUGAUUCUGUUGAGCCUACAGAGAGUUCCGAAGCUGAUGAAGAUCUGUGAUAUCAGUAUUGUAUAAUUGAUAUUUGUAAAUAAAU